CCAAGCUCCAUCAACUGGAACGCCACCACCAUUUUCAGCUGCUACUACGCGUGCCUGGCAGCUUAGCUCAUGGCGAUGGGAAGGUGGCUAGGGUCGAAAAGGAAGGGCGGGGAGAAGGACCAGGAUGAGAAGGAGUACGAGGUGGACGACGUGCCCGACCGGUCGCGCUCGUCCCGGAACAGCCGCCUCGAGCUUGUCGGCCGCCUCCCACCGCUCCGCCGCCACAGCCGUCUCGGCACCGACGGCCGCGAGGAGGGGUUCCUCCACGGCCGCAUCAUUCACCCCGACAACAAGUUAUAUAGGUUAUGGACCAGGUUCAUAGUGGUUUGGGCAGUGUACAGUACCUUCCUUACACCAUUUGAAUUUGGAUUCUUCAGGGGGCUGCCUAGGAAGUUGUUCUUCUUGGACAUAGUUGGCCAGAUUGCCUUCCUUAUUGAUAUUGUCCUGAAGUUUGUUGUGGCCUACCGUGACACCGACACAUACCGUAUCGUAUACAAUCCAACAUCUAUUGCCCUCCGAUAUUGCAAAUCAAGGUUCAUUUUCGAUCUCCUUGGUUGCUUCCCAUGGGAUGCUAUCUAUAAGGCUUCCGGACGUAAAGAAGAACUAAGAUACCUACUGUGGAUUCGCUUAUCACGAGCUCUGAAAGUCACAGAAUUCUUCACGGAUUUGGAAAAGGAUAUCCGUGUGAAUUACCUGUUCACAAGGAUAGUGAAACUCAUAGUUGUGGAGCUCUAUUGUACACACACAGCGGCUUGUAUCUUCUAUUACCUGGCAACGACACUUCCUGAAUCAAUGGAAGGACAUACAUGGAUUGGGAGUUUGCAGUUAGGAGACUAUACCUAUUCUAACUUCAGGGAGAUUGAUAUUACCAAGCGUUAUAUUACAUCAUUGUACUUUGCCAUCGUCACCAUGGCAACUGUUGGUUAUGGUGACAUUCAUGCUGUAAAUGUUAGGGAAAUGAUAUUUCUCAUGAUUUAUGUUUCAUUUGAUAUGGUUCUUGGCGCUUACCUCGUUGGUAACAUGACUGCAAUGAUUGUGAAAGGCUCGGCAACCGAGCGAUUCAGAGACAGAAUGAAAGAAGUUAUCAGGUAUAUGAACAGAAAUAAACUUGGAAAGGACGUCAGAGAACAGAUCAAGGGACAUUUGAGGUUGCAGUAUGAAAGCAGCUGCACCGAAGCCUCUGUACUUCAGGAUAUCCCAAUUUCUAUUCGUGCAAAGAUUUCUCAAACACUGUACAUGCCCUAUAUUGAAAGAACUCCAUUGUUCAAAGGAUGCUCAGCAGAAUUCAUCCACCAGAUUGUGAUCAGGCUGCAAGAAGAGUUCUACUUACCAGAAGAAGUUAUUUUGGAGCAAGGAAGCGCAGUUGAUCAAUUAUACUUCGUCUGUCAGGGUGCACUGGAAGGUGUUGGCAUUGGCGAAGAUGGUCAAGAGACUAUUAUAAUGUUGGAGCAAGAGAGUUCAUUUGGAGAAGUUGCAAUUCUUUGCAACAUUCCACAGCCCUACACCGUUCGUGUUUGUGAACUAUGCAGGCUGUUACGGCUAGAUAAAGAGUCGUUCACACACAUAUUAGAGAUUUAUUUCGCUGAUGGGAGAAAACUUUUGAGCAAUCUUACUGAGAACAAUGAAUACGGCCAGCGUGUCAAACAUAUAGAAUCAGACAUCAUAUUCCAUAUAGGGAAGCAAGAGGCAGAGCUGACCUUAAGAGUAAAUACGGCCUCUUUUUACGGUGACCUUCAUCAGCUGACAGGCUUAAUCCGAGCUGGAGCAGAUCCAAAGAAAACUGAUUAUGAUGGGCGAUCUCCUUUGGUACAAUCUACUAAAAACUUGGUGCUCUGGUUAUUAUGUAAUUCAAAUGUAUCAUCCUUCAUGACAAAUAUUGCAUGCCUCAUGAACCCAUCAUCAUCUUCACAGCAUCUUGCAGCUUCCAAAGGGUAUGAAGAUAUUGUGCAGUUUCUUAUCCAUGAAGGGGCUGAUAUCAAUCUUACUGAUAAAUUUGGGAGCACACCCUUGCUGGAGGCAGUGAAGCAUGGGCAUGGUAGAGUGGCCACGUUGCUGUUUACGAAAGGAGCCAAGCUGAACCUUGAGAACGACGGCAGCCGUCUCUGCAUGGCGGUGUCAAAGGGAGACUCUGAAUUCGUUCAAGGUGCUCUGGCUUACGGUGCUGAUCCAAACUCAAAAGACUACGACCAGCGAAAUCCUCUCCACAUAGCAGCUGCAGAGGGUUUGUAUAUGAUGGCGAAGUUGCUGGUAGAAGCAGGCGCCAGCGUGUUCGCAACAGACAGACGCGGUACUACGCCAUUGGACGAAGCACGUGAGUCCGGGAGUAAGCCGCUUAUGAGGUUGCUGGAACAAGCGAAAGCCGCUGAGCUCUCCAAGUUCCCUACACGCGGCGAAGAAGUGAGAAACAAAAUGCAUCCGCGACGUUGCCCCGUGUUCCCUUACCAUCCGUGGGAUGCUGAUGCCAAGCGAAAAGAAGGGGUGGUCAUGUGGAUUCCUCACACGAUUGAAGGAUUUAUAAGGUCUGCCCAGGAGAAGCUGGGUUUAUCUGGUUCAUGCAUUCGCUUGCUAUCCGAGGAUGGCGCAACGGUCCAGGACAUCGAUAUGAUCAAUGAUGGGCAGAAGCUCUAUCUGGUCAGAGACGAGGACACAGAGUGAGAACGCGUAGAAGGUGAAGUAAGACGGACCAUGUUUUUGCAGCAAAUUUUGCAUUUCCUUUCUGCUGCAUA